AUGACAGCCUUCCAAUCUCUCUUACAGGUGGUCCAGAAAUGCGACAAGUAUCCGUACGUUCUUGACCCUACAUCGAAUGAUGAAAUCCACCACGCUGUUCCUUUUAUCCUUGGCCCCUACAAGAUUGGUAAUGUUUUGCCCAGUGUUUUACCGGCUUUGAAUGCAUACAACAAGAAGGAGGAAAGGACGCCGUUCAACAUCACAGCCGACGCUAUUCAAUUCGCAACUUGGGUCAGCACGUUUGAAUUGAGAACUGAGGUGAUGAAGAAGUUGAUGGAUACAUGGCGUCAAGAGGCAGCGUUUAGAGUGUUAGAGGGUUGGAGAAACGAGCUUUAUCCUGUGUACGGCGAUGCUGAACGUUCAGAUAAUGUUGCCUUUGUUAUGGAGCGCGCAGCUACACCUCUGUUUGGUGUCUCUACCUUUGGAGUGCACUUGAAUGCUUAUACAAAGAAUGAGGAUGGACAAAUUCUCAUGUGGGUUGCUAGACGAUCAUUGACCAAGCAAACAUGGCCAGGAUUAUUGGAUAAUUGUGUUGCUGGUGGUAUUUCAUACUCUUAUUCUGUCCGAGACACCGUGAUCAAGGAGUGUGAUGAAGAGGCUAGUAUUCCUGUGGAGAUCGCAAGCAAAGCAAAGAGUGUAAGCACAAUCACUUAUUUCACUUAUACAUCUGGUGGAUUACAGCCUGAAUCAGAAUACAUUUACGAUUUGGAAUUACCCAGAGACUUCUCUCCUACGCCUUGCGACGGUGAAGUGGAUUGCUUCUAUCUGUGGCCUUUGGAAAAAGUCAAGGAGACAAUUUUGAACAACGAAUGGAAGGGCAACUGCGCUCUGGUUGCUAUUGAGUUCAUGAUGCGCCACUCAUUCAUCACACCUGACGAGGAACCAGAUUACAUUGACAUUUCGUACGGCCUUCAUAGAAGACUAGAAUUCCCCACACCACGUAAAGGACAACAAUAA